CCACUCAAAUGAGACGCCGUUCCCUCUCAUCAUCACGUGACAUACUACCAGUUACCAGUAACAAACAACAAAGGGAAGGAACACAAGCAAAUAGGUAUACAGCCUUCCUGGUACUAAUACAUAGUUUGGCCAGGAAGUACAGUAGUGGAAGCCAAGUUAACAAGGCAAACCUACAUGUAUCAUCCAAGCAAUCCUACCGUACGCCAAGAUUGGCAGCACCCAUCAAGUCAAGAUAAGCGUUUCCAUCAAGAAGUAAUCGUACAGUGCCGCCGCCAACCUAACUAGCUAGUAGGCAUAGGGUCAUUACCCUUCCAUCCCAUCCAAGUCAACAAGAACACCCCAUUAAGCUACUAGGGUAGCCGAGUCGAGUCGAUUCAUCAUUCAGGAAUCCAGCAAGCAUAUAAACGAACUAACCAAGCAACCAAGAGGCUACCUAUACCAGAGUCUUUGAUACGCAAGAAGGUAGCACAAAACCAAGCUACCAGUACGACAAUUAGCAACCAUCAAAAUCCGUCGAUUGGCAAGAUGAUGGAAGCAUCAGAAUUUGACGAUGAGCUCAGCUGCGUUAGCGGGGAUGGUCCCAUGUUCACUGUCGAUGAUGACGAAAUCAAUAUCGGGGGAGUCAUUCCUGAUACCGAAGAGGUUUUGCGGCAAGAAUCCGUUGAAAUGAGCAUGCGACAGCGAACUCGAGUGGGUGGAGCAGCUGUGGCAGGAGGCGUCACAGCAGCGUUGUUAUCGGUGCCCUUGGUGGCUGUGAGUGUGACAGCCUUGGCCAUUACGGCGCCAGUCGUUGGAGUCACAGCAGCUGGCGGAGCAGCUUACAUGGCCGCCACAACGGGCACAUCCCCACUAGAACCGAUGCCUGAUGCUAGAAAGAAGGAAGAAUCAGAGGAGAAAAGAGAGCAGAAGCAAGACAAGGAAGAAGCCAGCUUGGAACCUGAGCAAGACAACAAUGUCACAGCAACCGAAGCACAAGAAGUGAGCUUGGCAACCGAGACUAUGGCAGCACGGAGUCGCCUACGAUGGGUGCCUGGUGUCUUUCAAAGAACUCGGAAACCUCUUGAAAAGGCGGAAAUUGACAUGAAAAAAAAGCGAGAUAACGAUGACGCGUCUGAGCAUACGGAUGCCUCGUCUUCUGAAUUGAAUGAGCUUGUUCAUGACGACAUGGAUGACAAUAUUUGUGAAAAUAUCGACGAAGAAAUAAAGCAACAACCAAAGGGCCCAGGGCUACGAAUGGGAGGAAUGAUGUGGAUUAUGGCAAGCAAAAACAGCCCUUCAGGAGAAGUUGAGACGAUAGAAGAAGCGGAGGACGCCAACAGCUUUGAUGACAGAGAAGAAGAUCCAGAUCAACCAGCUGGCAAAGCAGCAACACCGGAAAAGAAUACUAACAGAGGCAUUUUUGGAUGGGUGACGCAGCGGAGACAGAAUGAGAUGGAACAAACUCCGUCCACGGAAGAAGAGCAACGAACAACACCAACCAAGGCCUUGGAAGACGACGAGGACGACAAGACACUGGAAUCUCCAACUUCGAGCAACUCUGGUGGUUUUGACACCCCAGUUAAGGCAGCUCCUCCCACCUCGAAUAGUUGGGUGCCACCCGUGUUGGCGCGACACUUUGGACGACUGUCACGAGAGGCCGACACGGAAAGUGGCGACGGAGAGUCGGAUAGCAGCGGAAGCUACAGUGGUGGUAGCAUCUACGAAAGCGGGGAAGAUGACUACGAUUCGGAGAGCGACGACGAUAGUAGUGAAGAGGAGGUGGUAUUUGGUUACGAUGACAGCAGCAUCGCUAGGCAUACUAGUAGUUCUCCAAAGAUGGCGCUGUUUUCAGGAGAGGAUUUGGUGGAGGGACCUCUUGCACAAGUCAAUCCUCCGGCUAUUGUGUGAAUUGACAAUAGCAAUGAUCAAGCGAGAUACAAAGAGAGUUCAUACCGGUAGAGUGAGCAUGGGACGGAUCCGUCCCUGCGCAAUAGUUCCCCAUUGUUUUUCGUUUUGGGGAUAAUCAUUGCUGUUUUAGAAAUAAGACAAUGGUGGACACUGUUCAGCACCUGAUGAUUAUAAGCAAACUGUACGUUAUUC